CCGGCCCCGUGCCCGCCCCUCGCCGGCGGGCGCAGGCGUGCAGCGGAGCCGCGUUCGCGCGAGGCGCUCGCGGCCGUUGCGGAGGCGCGGAGUGGGCCGGGCCGGGCCGGGCCGGGCCAGAAAUUUGAUCCUAAAAGGCCCGGUGUGCAGAGGCCAUGGGUUUGUCAGCGUCCUCCCCGUCCUCCCCGGCUGCCACAGAGCCGUCACCAAAUGCAUCCAGGCAAUACCAGACGGCGUCUCCACCUUCCGAAUGUCCCAUGCAUCAAGAAAAAAUGAGCGGUUGUCCAAUGCACAUGAAGACUGCUGAUCACAGAACUGAGAACACAGAUGAUGUUCCUGCACAUCAAGAAAGAGCUUAUGAGUUUGUAGCAUGUCCUGUGAAGUCUGGUGCAGCUCAAAUGACAGAUGACAUAGAUCCCAGCAAUAUGAUGCCUCCUCCCAAUCAGCAGCCAUCUCCAGGUCAACCAUUUCCAUUGUCAACUGUUAGAGAAGAAUCUUCCAUUCCUAGAGCACAUUCUGACAAGAAAUGGGUCUAUCCUUCAGAGCAAAUGUUCUGGAAUGCUAUGCUAAGAAAAGGGUGGAGGUGGAAAGAUGAUGACAUAACAAGUGAAGACAUGACCAACAUUAUUAAGAUUCACAAUCAAAAUAAUGAGCAAGCUUGGAAGGAGAUUUUGAAGUGGGAAGCUCUACAUGCUAUGGAAUGUCCAUGUGGGCCAUCACUGAUGCGGUUUGGAGGCAAAGCAAAGGAGUACUCGCCAAGAGCCAGAAUACGUUCAUGGAUGGGGUACGAGCUGCCCUUUGACCGGCACGACUGGAUCGUUGACCGCUGUGGGAAGGAGGUGCGCUACGUUAUCGAUUACUACGACGGUGGAGCGGUGGACAAGAACUACCAGUUCACCAUCCUGGACGUGCGCCCUGCGCUGGACUCGCUCUCGGCCGUCUGGGACAGAGUGAAGGUGGCCUGGUGGCGCUGGACUUCCUAACUGCUCCUGUGGUGUGUACCCGACAAUAACCACUUUCCUCCUAGACAAUGGACGUGUCAAUAUCAGGACUUGGGAUAGAAGCUCACUGCAGCUGUCAUUGCUGUCAUCAUCGCCACUCUUCUCUGGGGAUGGGAAGGGAGGACAGGGAAAUCUCUCCUUAACUACACCAAUGCUUUGUGGUGUUUCAAAUGGAAUAAUAAAGUUACAGUGGCAAAAA